UCUCCAGCCGUAAUGAAGGAAGAUGUUGAUGCUGGGCUUGUCUACGAAAGGGAGCAAGUGGGUUCAGAAGAGGAGUUCAGAGAAAAAGAAUCGCUGAAAUUAGGUUUAGAACAGGAGCCAAUAACUCGCGCCGAUGAAGCCAAAAAUGAUGGGGAGUUGAGGCAUAUGUCAGCUGCUGAGGUUAAAGUUUGCAAAGACAUUUUUAACUCCGUGAGGGAAGGAAACAAAGAAUGUAUACCUCUUGACACAAUAGGUUUUGCCCUGCAAAUGUAUGGCCAAUCUCCAUCAAAGAGAGAUAUUGAGGAAAUAUUCGCAGCUUACAGGGAAGAGGACUUCAUGGAAACGGAUGAAGAAACUGAAAGGUUACAUCGCUUGCGCUAGAGAAAUGUGACCCAUUAUCGAGAUCCGGCUGCUACAAGAUUGUUUGAUCAAUUGGUCGAUGUUAUGUUGGUAAAGCAUGCCGACCUAUUUGACAAAGAUUGGGAGAACACAAAAAUGUUUGUAAAGGAAGCUGGGUCCAACGGUCAGAAGUGUCUAAACACAUGGUAUAAACUGGACAUGAAAUAG